AUGGCGGCAGUAUUCGGACAAAUAGCGGAGUUCAACGAAUCAAAGGAGGAAUGGCCACUUUAUGCAGAAAGGUUAGAACAAUACUUCGCAGCAAAUGGCGUGGACGACGCGGCUAGACAAAGAGCUAUUCUAUUAAGCGUGAUUGGAGCUCGUACUUAUCAAACUCUACAAAGUUUAGUGGCUCCGCUGAAGCCUAAAGAGAAGUCAGUUGACGAAAUACUACAGACGUUGUCAGAACAUUUUGACUCGAAGCCAUCAGUAAUAGUACAACGAUUUAGAUUUAACAGUCAAUCGCGUCAGGAAGGUAAGUUGGUCGCUAAAUUCACGGCAGAACUGCAGCGACUCAGUGAACAUUGCAAAUUCGGGGCGGUGCUUAGUGAUAUGCUACGAGACAGACUAGUCGUAGGUAUAAUGAAUGACUGUAUACAGCGACGGCUGUUGGCAGAAAAAGAGCUGACAUUCAAGAGGGCGUAUGACUUAGCAAUUGCACACAAAACAGCUGAAAAGAAUACCACAGAGUUACAACAGAAGGAAGCAAGUAGUGCGCCUGGCAACCCAGAAGGAGAGUCCGUACACCAGUUACAGAAACAGCCUGUACACCAGUUACAGAGGCAACGAGUACCCAAAGCAGGUAACAGGCUGACUGACAAGAUAUCCGAGUGUUGUUAUCGCUGUGGUAAACAGGAACACAAACAGUUCGAGUGCUGGUUCAAGGAUGUCAAAUGUUUUGGUUGCGGCAAAAUUGGGCAUGCGAAGGUUGUUUGUUGCACAGUGAGAAAAAUGGCUCAGAAAGGGGACAGUGGUAGCAGCACAUACAAAAUCGGCUAUGAGGAGGCGCAGUCAGAUACAAAUGAGAAUGAGGAGGUUGAGUGGCUUAAUGGCAAUAUUCACACGUUGCACAAGGGAAAGGAGAAGCCUAUGAAGACAACGUUGACUGUACAAGGACAGCCACUCAAGAUGGAAAUAGACACGGGAGCGAGUGACAGUAUUGUGAGCAAAACAACAUGGAAGUCAGUCUGGAAGAAAGGUGAAGCACCAUUGAAGGUUACAAAUAAGACACUGAAGACAUAUACUGGUGAGCCGGUACCUGUAUGUGGAAAGUUGGAAGUGUGGGUAGACACUCCGGAUGGACACCGAUUGUCUCUCCCGCUUGUGAUAGUGGCAGGGUCUGGCCCGAGUUUAUUGGGAAGAGACUGGAUUCGACAAGUACAAAUUGAUUGGGGAAGAGUUCAUCUUUUGGAGGCAAACCCUCACCAAGGAAAAGUGGAAGGGUUAUUGUUAUUACACAGUGAAGUGUUCAGUGAUAGGCUAGGCAGAUUGCAAGGUGUAAAAGUGAAAUUGCCAGUGACAGAAACGACAAGUCCCAAGUUUUACCGACCAAGACAAGUACCGUAUGCUUUGAGAGAGAAGAUAGAGGAAGAAUUGUUCGAUCUCACAAAAGCCGGAAUUAUUGAGCCAAUUCACUAUUCGGAGUGGGCGGCUCCCAUAGUUCCAGUUUUGAAAAGCAAUGGAAAGGUCAGAAUCUGUGGAGACUAUUGGUUGACAGUGAAUCAAGUGUCGAAAUGCGAUACUUAUCCCAUUCCAUGCAUUGAAGACUUGUUUGCUUGA